AUGGAAGACUUGACGAUGGACGAGACCCCGCGAGGGUCCGAGGCCUCAAGUUCCGCCGAGUUUUCCGCCGCCGAGGGUCGACGUCCAUUCCCGAAUCUGUUCUCCGCCAACCCGUGAGCCCUUUCUUGGUACCCUGUAAACAACGGAAUUUUCCAGGAAUUUCUUGGUGGACAACAGCGUUCGAAACCUCGGAGAGCUGUCUUCCACAAGGUAUCUUUCUUUUCUUGGACAGUUCUACCAAUAAAAGUCUCCUUACUACUUGGCACAACUUUGAGAGAACGAAAAUUUUUUUGUAAAGAAUUUGCUAAACGAAAUGUCGAAAAUUCGACGCGUCAAAGUGGAAAAUAUAAACGGAAUUUCGACUUGUCAAAUAGAGCACUCCGAGAUUACCGCUGAUCGUAUUUGACUAUUUGAAAAAUGGAAUGAAAUGGAAUGAAAUGAUAAAAAACUACUGUUUGGUGGAAGUUUGAAUCAGAUGGAUCAUCUGAAUGAACUAUCGUUCUCCGAUUGAAUUUCUCAUAGAAAUGAACUUUUGGUUAGUACCUUAGAACGGAGACUUUUUUUCAAAGCGCCCUUCAGGGGUCAGAAUUAGAAAAAAUUAACGUUCGGUGAUAUUUUCGCUCAAAACUCAUUCGAACGAAAAAGGAAAAGGAGACAUGAAUUAAACAAGACUAAGAAUUUUUUUUCCGUAGAAGGAUUGACCGGCAAUCGGUGUCCAGUUGAACGGAAAGUAGAACUGUCGUUUCAUAAUGCCGUGUUCAAUUUGAUUCCGCGAAAUGCAAAAUGAUCUCUGACUCUCCAAAAUUUAGUGAUCUUUUCCUUUCUCUAACGGGUAUUUUGCAUUUCGCGGAAAAAUUGAACACGGCAUAAAAUCUACUGAUAGGCUUUUGAAGUGAACGUUAUGCUCGCUGUCUUUUUUUUUUUUGAACUUUUCACAAUAUCGUUCGGUUGGAAACCAUUUAGUCGCAAAGGCAAAUUGCUGCAAUUUCGAUCGUUCAUCGAUCAUACUUCGAAACUUCAAAGUUUCGACCGUUCGUUCUUUGAUUAUACUUUGACAAAUUGAAUUUUCGACAUGAAACAUAAUAUCAAGUUUAUGAAUUACAGACAUGCCAAUCGCCUCACUAACAUAUUUGGGAAACUAACCGACUCUUGGAAUAGACUACGGAAACUGAACGCGACGGUGGAUUGCUAUGAGAAUGGCUGGGAGAAAACGUUGAACGAAAAGAUGAAAUUCUGCGAAAACCUGUCGACGGCAGAACUGCUCGAGUUUGUCAGGAGACAGCUGGAAAAAGAAGAGAGCACUCAACGCGAUUUGAAUUUCUUGAACCGCAAGUGUCAGAACCUCUCCGAGCGUCUGAAUUUAGCUGAGGGGCGCGUCUCCCGUUCUCAGCGCGAAGUUUUCGACAAGGUAUGUCGAGAAAUGCUGUCUGAUUCCUAAUAAGUGUUGCUUGAAGAUGGAGGGUGCCAUCCAAGAAGUUCUGCUCGAUUUUCAAAAAGUAGAGUCUGACCUCAUGUUGAAAAACUCCGAAGCUGAACAGGUUAUCUAGCGGCGUUGUCAGAAAACGAAAAAAUAAGAGAUAUUUAGAAGUUAAGCGAUUUAACAGCGAAGAAAGAAAGUCUCCAGAGCCAAUUGGCCGAUUCCAAAACGGAACAAGCCCGUCAGCUGGAGCAUAUCUCUAGCUUGACAAAGGUUUGUUCAGGCUUUCUUGUCAGUCUCACUUUGAGAGUUCAGACGAAAGAUGAACUGAAAUUUCAAAACGACCAAUUGCAAGCGAAACUCCAAGAGUUAACAGGUUCGUUUCCGAUGCUAUUUGGUGACCGAUCGGCAAAUAAUUUUUUAUUCAUUUUUCUGAUGAUAGAACACCAUAUCAACCAAAUACGAACCAAAGAAUUUUUUCAUUUAUAGAAAAAUAUAAAAACGCGACAGAAGAGAUGACACAAGUUCAAAAAGCAGUCGAGAAGCUUAAGUCGGAGCUGAGCGAGAGCCGCGAAAACUCUUUGAAACGGGAAAACGAGGUUCAGCGGCUGAGGACUGUGAUUAUAGAAGAGGAUGGCCUGAAGAGAGAACGAGAUCUGCGGCACAAAGAAGAAAUCGACGUUCUAACGGUACUUCGAGGAUGAAAACCCUAUCCAAAAGAGCUUUCAAAAUAAAACUUGCUGAUGUUAAAUUCAAAAAGUGAUCAAAACCAUUUUAAAGGGAACACACUUGUAAUCAUUAUCCCUCAUUGAGGCAACGCUUUUGGCAAUAUUCGACUAUUCCCUAAGAAUAGAUAACUCUUAGGAUGAUAAAAAAAUUGAGAAACAUACGACAAAAAUUUUGAAAGAUGAACAUUUUUUGCACUUUGAAAAUUCAUUCCACUAGAAAUUGGAAUUCACAUUUCUUUAAAAUGGGGACGUUUUGCGCAAAUAAAAUUUAUCGUUAUACACGCAGGAAAAAGUUUAAAAAAGAUUUUUUUUUUCUCGAUCCAGUUUUUCUCACUGUCCCUGCCUUCGACAAAGUUUUUCCUUCAGAACUCCUAUCGACAGGAGUUGCAGCGAAGACUGCAGGACGUUCACCUGUCCAAAGAAGAACAUCUUGAAGAAAUGGCUCGCUCUUUCCGUGAGAAGGAGUCUUUGUGGCUCCAGAUCAAACAGGACCUGGACAGAGAAAUAAAACAACUUUCCAUCAAACUGAAAGAAGAGCAGGAUAAAGUUUUACUAGCCUAAAGCACUCAAUGCAUACGAUUUUUAGGUUAAUCAUUACGAGUCGAAUUUCGCCAUGAUUCGCGCACAAGUCAAGGGUCAGGUUCGCAGAGAACUCGCCCAGAACUACCAGAAAAUGUUCCAACGCGUGGGCAAUGGUUUCCAAGCGAAGAAAAUACGAUUUAUUUUGAACUUUUUCCAGACGAUGACGCGGGAAUCCCAUCACCUCCGAGCGAAAAUCCUUUGGUUGGGUUACGGCGACUAGCGGAGAAAGACAGCGAGAGAGAUUCUAGACGUGCGUCACCUCAGGCUUUCAAACAGAAGGAAGAAGCUUCAGGAAAACCGCUGUCGUCAACUUCGCCGCGGAGAAACGUGGCAGUGCAAGUGCGGGAGCAGCCGUUGACUGAGCAGCUCGUCCAGCUCAAGCCGAAGGUCGUCAAGCGCUCUCUACCGGUCUCACAUCGGUCUGGAAGACUUUAA